CGCUGGCCCCCCGGCAAAGCCGAUGUCCGCCGCGCCCGUCCGAUCCCCGACGCUGCGGCCCCACAGGAUGAAGAAGGACGAGUCGUUCCUGGGCAAGCUAGGCGGGACCCUGGCGAGGAAGAAGAAAGCCAAGGAGGUGAGUGACCUCCAAGAAGAAGGUAAAAAUGCUAUCAAUGCACCAAUGAACCCAAGCACCGUGGACAUCCAUCCAGAAGACACGCUAUUAGAGGAGAAUGAGGAACGCACUAUGAUUGAUCCUAACUCAAAAGAAGACCCCAAGUUCAAAGAGCUGAUCAAGGUUCUAAUUGACUGGAUUAAUGAUGUGCUGGUGGAGGAGAGAAUCAUUGUCAAACAGCUUGAAGAGGACCUUUAUGAUGGGCAGGUGCUGCAAAAGCUGCUGGAAAAAUUGGCUGACCGUAAACUGAAUGUGGCAGAAGUGACGCAAUCUGAAAUUGGUCAGAAACAAAAGUUGCAGACGGUCCUGGAAGCUGUCCAUGAUUUACUCCGACCCCAUGGCUGGACAAUCAAGUGGAACGUUGACUCAAUCCAUGGCAAGAAUCUGAUUUCCAUUCUUCACCUUCUGGUAGCUUUGGCAAUGCAUUUCCGGGCUCCCAUUCGACUGCCUGAACAUGUGUCUGUACAAGUGGUGGUUGUACGGAAACGUGAAGGCCUCCUUCAGACCACUCAUGUUACAGAGGAGCUGACAACUACAACAGAGAUGAUGAUGGGAAGAUUUGAGCGUGAUGCCUUUGACACACUUUUUGAUCAUGCACCAGACAAACUCAGCGUAGUCAAAAAGUCUCUGAUCACCUUUGUGAACAAACACUUGAAUAAACUGAAUCUGGAAGUAACCGAGUUAGAAACCCAGUUUGCAGAUGGUGUUUACUUGGUUUUGCUCAUGGGUCUCCUUGAAGACUACUUUGUUCCACUUCACAACUUCUACUUAACACCUGAAAGUUUUGAUCAAAAGGUCCAUAAUGUUUCAUUUGCUUUUGAGCUGAUGCAAGAUGGAGGACUGAAGAAACCAAAAGCUCGCCCCGAAGAUGUUGUCAACUUGGAUCUGAAGUCUACACUUAGGGUUCUGUACAACCUGUUCACAAAGUACAAGAAUGUUGAAUGACCCUGGAAGCUGCUGAGGUCUUCAUCCUUCCAACCUCCUUAGGCAGAAAUUACGAUAAACACACCCUCUGCACGCUCCCAUUGUGCCUUAUGCUAUACUUCAUGCAUUCUUUCUACAGUUGAUGUGGUCUCUCUGUAGCUGUUUGUAUGACAAUCCCACUGAAAAUAAUGCAUGUGUAUUCUCUAGUCACUUGAAAAUGUGUAGAUAUUUCACACUUUUACCGGAAGAUACUGUUGAGUCUGUUGUUUGUUAUCAUCAACAAAUGUUCUUUUGAUAAAGGAAAUAUACCACUAACUAAUAAGCAGGGAAAACAUGAGACCUUCCUCAUGGCUGGAGACUCCUUGAUUCUAUAACAGACUUUCUUUUGCAUACUCCUUGGUUGCCACUGGCAUUUGAUGAUUUACCAGGCUUAAGUGUUAGCAAUAGGAAAUCAGCAUUGGAAUUUAUUUAGAAGCUGAGCCUUUAAUGUUAAAUAAGGUUUUUUAUGUUCUGUUGGGUGGGUGGGACUGAGGGCAAUUAGAGGCACUAUCUGAAGUUAACGGCAGAAGCUUCAGUUUUUGUGUUAACCUCGUACUACUCAGUGUUAUUUCCAUUCAGUGUUUACACAGAGUAAGUCUUGCAAUGGGUUGACCAACUAAUCUUUUCAUGUCUAUUUUUUAUUUCAUCUCCUUUCUAGGAUAAAUUUGGUUGCUAGAGCCACUGUCAUCCAUUAAGCAUGCAGCUUCAAUCAGGUCAGUCAGGAGCUGGUCAGAUAGGUGCAGGAUGGAUUAAUGCAUUUUGCCCCCAGUCCUUUCUGAAACAUACAUGAGGAAUAAUGAGCUUGGCAGUUUAAAGGCGGACUCUUCAUUUCAUGUAGCUGAGUUAAAGGGUCAGAUUCAUUCCUGUUGGAGUUAUUGGCAGCUGUACAGGUCUGGGGUCAGACUUCUAUAAACAGAGUUUUAUGUAUUUUUUUUCCUAAAGAGCAAAACUGAAUUCUUGUAUAAAUAAGAGCUUGUCUGUACUUAUGGAUUGCACUGGGCUAUGCAAGACAUGCGGUGUACAUGGUGCAAGCCAAUGGUUAGCACUCAAAACGUGAAGCUCUUCAGUGAUCAGUUAUACUUUAAACUGAUUUCAUUGAGUUGUCCUGUGCCAUCCCAAGAAAUAGUCUGCUAGGUUCUGUAGUCUUUUAAGCUGUUAUGCAUUUUAGUGGGAAUCUGUUUUAAAAAAAGAUUGCCUGAUAGGGUCUGGUUACCUCAUAGUACUUAACAGGUUUCAUCUGUGAAGCUUUUCCUGGCUGGUGAUGUGCAGGUGUAGCAGGGUGUACAAGGAGGCUGUGCUGGAACAUGAGCCGUAGAUUUUUGAGGUGAGCUGUGCAAAGGAAAUGGGAAUGUAAUUUCCAGAGUAAAUUAUUUGUGGUGUAUGCAUAUAAUAGCACUCCUUUUCUUGGAGUGCAUAGGGGAGAGAUUUGACUGCUGCUUUUAUGUAUCACAGCACCCAACUUUUCCUUUAUGGGCAGCCACGAUUUUGUGCGAAACAUCAGGCUGAGUGCCCCAAAGAGGAAGCGGGUAGUAUUGCUCUGCUCCGUGGGCUCACUUGAGCUCUGUUCUAAGUAGGCAUCUUUUUUUCCCUAAAAGUGGAUUUCUUAUACCAAACUUCAUUUACCUUUCUGAGUUCAAGAGGAAGCUUGCUAUUUGAAUGGUAUAAUUUCACAAUUGGGAUUUUCUCCUUCCCUCCUUAAACAUUCUUUGUAAUCUCAGAGGGAGAGAAAUGGGCUUCUGCUUCUUUGUUUCGUAUUUUUGGGUUCUGAGUCCUAGUAUUUGAUUUAUUUGGGUCACCUCCUCUCAUACCUCCAAAACAAAGAUGGAAGGAAAUUGCCCUUUAUUUCCAUUAAAAAUUCAGAUCUCGUCUACCCUGUAAGGUUCUGUGGGGAAUCAUUGCUUGUCUGUACGUUAGGAGGGAGCUGACCUCUCGCUGUUUAUACAGCGCCUAGUACAGUUGGACUUGAAUUUCAGAUGGGGCCACUAGACUCUACCAUGACGCUGCCAGUUAUUACAGAGGAGACUUGCAGAGGCACUAAGGCCUGGUGGGUCAGCUCUCCUGGCAAGUUAAUGAAAUUGGUCUAACUUUCGUGCUGUGAAAUAGGGGUAUCGUGAGGCUGCAAGGUGAUUGAGCUGAAAGGUCUCUCAAACUUUUAGUUUAAUGCAGUGUUAUUUUUGGGAAACAAGUCUGUUGAAGUGCUGUCAUUCCACCUGCCUCCCUUCAGCUGAUGUGGAAGUGCCAAUGCUGUUUAUAUUAUCUGAGUUGCUGGGAAAGACCUCCAGAGAAUCUAGUUUUUGAAAUUGCAAGCAACAUUAAUAUCAAAAGCACACAGAAAGUAACAAGAGGAGAUUGAUAAAAUCAGUUUGGAUUUGGGAGGGGAGAUGGCUGUUUCUGAGAUGGGGAUUUACCGCUGGCAUCCUCAUUGCAUGUGAGCAGAUGUGAACAUACCAGCAAGUUUUAAAAGAAUCUCUGUUUUGUUCAAUUAGGCGUUUCUGGUCACUGCAGAAACCUGAGUCCCUCCUCUACAACCUGAGGCAUGGCUCCCUUUUAGCAUUCCUUACAUUAAUAUCCCUGUCAGUCAAGAUUGCAGGCGUCAUGCCCUGAACACAUUGGGGGCAGGUGUCAUACCCUGUUUUGUUAUGUUUUUUAAGUCUGUUGGUAAAUGUUGCACAGGGAACAUACAUUUUUCCCUCCUUAGCUCCUUGCUGUCUAGCCAGGUCACUCUUCUGUAGAUGCUGUAUUUAUUGCUAACCAGACUGGGAGCAGGGUGGAUUUAACUGAACUGGAGCUUCAUCCCAAGCAGUCCAGUUUGCAGGAAGAGCAAUGUAGGUAAAGCUUCUCUAAACACCUGGUUUUGUCAUGCCUUUCUCUUACAUAUGCAUGAUACUUACUUCUUUUCCUCUCAAAAAGAUAAGUCAAUGUUAAAAAAUAUUGUUCACAAACUAAGUUUUAAAUAUAUUCCCUGGGUGCCAGUGGGGUAGAUCUGAAACCUGUUGAGUUCAUCUGUAAUGCUGAAUGCUCUGCAGCAUUAAAGCUUCCACAUUUGUAAGUACUUAAUGAACGUCUGUCCUUUCCAGUCCAUACAACUCGCCUUUUAGGUGCAUCUGCUUGACAUACUCGGUUCCAGUGAGCUAUAUUACCACAGAAGAAGCCCAGAUACUCCUCAGCUGCAUCCUGUUUCUCAAGAUGAAAAAACAACAGUGGCAGAUUUUUUUUUUAAUCAGUUUAAAUCUUAUAGGGCUUCUUACCCCUCUUCCCCACACCCCAGUGCUUUCAGUAUUAAUGUAUUUUUUAAGACUCUUUUCUACUGUUUUUAACAGUGUUUACUCUGGAUUUCUAACUACUAAAAACCAGCCUUGCAGAUAAGAUUCUGGACUUGUCAUAUGCUGGAGACAUCCAGCUUUGUGACAGGAGUUGUGUACUGUAAGCAAGUUACAAUGCAAUGCUAUGUUUGCUAAAAAUCACAGCAGGAGUGUUGUGCAUGGUUUGUGACAGCUGUACUAUUUAUUCAAAUAAAUAAAUGAUCAUCA